AUGGCUCUAGAGGUAACAGAAGGAGUGGUGGAGGGAGAUGGGAAGUCUGCGGUAGAAUUACCAGAGAAGAAGGAAAGGGGCCCAGACGAGGAGUGGGUCUUUGGAGGAGGGAUGGAUGCCGAGUCGGCGGCAGCUCUGCAGGAAGUACUGAAGCAGCAUCGCGGGACAUUCGCGUACACCUUGCAGGAGUUGGGGAGGUGCACCACCCAUGAGAUGAAGAUCGAACUCACCACCGAGGUUCCGAUAUACCAACGGAAGCGGCGGAUGAGUCCAGGCGACGUAGACAUCUGCACCGAGAAAUGCCACGAAUUGUUGGAAGCGGGGCUGAUCCAACGUUUUGAGAGUGACUAUGCCGCAGCGACAGUGGUAGCCUCAUGGAAGGACCUGACAGGAGCGGUAUCGGCACGGAGGAUGUGCGGGGAUUACCAGAGUCUAAACAAGGUCACGGUGGCGGAUAGGUACCCCAUGCAAUCGGCAGAAGAGAUCUUCGAUAAGCUGCAGGGAGCCAAAGUCUUCUCCACCCUGGAUCUACGUCAGGGAUUCAACCAGAUUCCCAUUCGACUCGCGGACCGGAAAAAGACGGCAUUUCAUGGGCCGGACGGUCUGUACGAGUGGCGUUUCAUGCCAUUCGGAACGAAGAACGCGCCCGCUCUGUUUCAAAGAGUCAUGGAUACGACACUGCGUGGUGUACCGGCGGCUGCCAGUUACAUUGACGAUGUCGUUGUCUUCAGUCCGAACGCGGUGCAGCACGUGAAGGACGUGCGAGCAACGUUGGACGCCAUUCGGGAAGCUGGCCUCACCUGUCACCCGAAGAAGUGCAGCUUUGGGAAUACGGGAGUGAAAUACCUGGGGUUCGAAGUCCAAGGAGGGCAGCUGGGGAUUCAGCAAGCGAAAGUGGAGGUCCUAGACAGGGUGCCGCAGCCGAAGGACAGGAGCACUCUGCGAGCCGUGCUCGGGUUUCUCAAUUACUACAGGAAGUUCAUACCGAACUUCAGCAAGACUGCAGCGGCGUUAAACCGGCUGCUGAGGGAGGAUCAGAAGUGGGAAUGGGGGGAGGCGGAGCAGGGAGCACUCCAGACUCUGCUGAGAGCAGUGAAGACGGCUACUGUACUGACCCUGCCCAACACCGAGGAUCCAUUCGUGCUGUACACUGACUGGAGCAGCGCUGGCAUGGGAGCGAUUUUGUGUCAGAAGAGGGAAGGAGAAGAGAAAGUAGUCGCUUUCGCCAGCCGGAGCUGCAACCCGGCAGAGGCAAACUACAGCUCAUACGAGGGUGAAGGGCUAGCAGCCGUAUGA